AUGACUCAUCAACUCAACAAACUCAGAUUAAGACUUCAUUCAUCAAACUUCACUUCAUUCUAUCAUCCAUCACAUCAACUUGUUCUAAACCGAUUCUCAACUAAACCUACAACAACAACAACAACUAAAACAACAGCUUAUCAUAUCGGUAAAUCAGGUCAACUUUAUUCACCUUGGUUUGUAAAACUGGUGACUACUUUGGGAAACCGAUUAGGUUAUAAUUUGCCGACUAGUCAUGCUAUUACUAUUACUUCGGAUCUUUAUGAUCAUUGUUCAAAUCAAUUUCAAUUAGAAAAAUCAUUUUGGAUCAAUGAAUGUGGAUUACCAGAUUCGUUUCAAACUUGGUUUCAAAUCACUCAACUACACAUGUGGAUCUUAAUAGUAAGGUUCAGAUCGAUGAAAAACAACUUAGGAAGAACAUAUAUCCAAGAAUUUGUGAACCAUGGGUUUUUAGAUACAGAACAUCGAAUCAGAUCAACACCUUAUAAAGUAACAAAAAACUCAUUAAUCAAAUCGUAUAUGAAAACUAUGUUGGAUCAACAUUAUGGAUUCUUGGUUGGGUUUGAUUGGGCUUUGGCUACCGACCAAGAUGGAUCGGAUUCGGUUUUGGUCGAGGCGGUUUGGAGGAAUUUGUUUGGGGCUAGAUGGGGUAAAGGAAUGGGAGGAGUUAAGGGGAAGUUUAAUUCGAAUCCGUUAAAAGAAAGUGAAGAAGUUGGGAAUCGGGAUGGGAUUGAUGGAUUGGAUUUUUUGGAUGAUGUGUUGUUUUUGGAUAGGUUGGAAAGGAUCUUGGUUUGGAUUAGAAUCGAAUUGAUUAGAGUUAGUAGGAUUAGUGAUGAUGAGAUUAUUAAUUAUUCGAACAAUAAGCUUGGUGAUCUUCGAGUUAGGAAUAAGUUGAUUGAAUUUGGGAAAUUUUAA